AUGCGCAUGCUCGCAGCGUACUAUGCGCUGCUGCUGGCGAGUGCUGUCGUCUCGGCGGCGACGCCAACCUGCUCGGCGAUCAUCGAAAAUACGGAUCUGCCCGGCAACGACAUUGGCACGACCGCGCGCCCAACCGCCGACGGCUGCUGCGCCGACUGCGCAGCCACGACCGGCUGCAAGGCCUACGUGUGGGUUGCCCGCGACGGCGGUGUCUGUCUCCUCAAGAGCGAUGCCGGCUUCAGCUACACGUACCCUGGUGCCCGCGCGUCGAUUCUGACGCCGCCGCUCACGGGCUCGUGCCCGUCGACAGAAGCCGACACCGACUACCCUGGCAACGACCUCGGUCGCACGAAGCGCGCGUCCAUCGAUCUCUGUUGCAACGACUGCGAGGCGACGCCGGGCUGUGCGCGCUUCGUCUACUACGGCGGCGACUGCAUCCUCAAGUCGGGCGGUGGUACCAAGAGCACGUACCCGGGCGCCAUCGCGUCGACGUUCGUGCCGGCCAACACGACGCCUGCACCGACGCCGGCGCCGGGGCCCACGGCGCCGCCCGGAACGUGUGCGCCGAUCCAAGAAAACACCGACUACCCAGGCUUUGAUAUUUCGCAGACGACGCAGGCGUCGGCCGAAGCCUGCUGCGACGACUGCUACGCCAACCCUAACUGCAAGGCGUUUGUGUGGAACCCCGCCGGCUACUGCAUUCUCAAGAGCGGCAAGGGCUCCGUGUCCACAUACCCGGGCGCCCGCGCGUCGACGAUUCCGUCGCGGAUCCCGCCGCCACCGACCAUGAUUGGCUGCAACCCGAUCGUCGACAACAUGGACAUGCCCGGGAACGACCUCUCGCUGACGUACCAAUCGGCGGCGGAAAGCUGCUGCGCCGACUGCACCGGCACGCCCGGUUGCCGUGCGUUUGUCUUCGACUCGGACGGCGGCGUCUGCUACCUCAAGACUGCGAGCGGUACCAUGGUGCCGUCGGCGGGCAAGCGGGCGUCGGUGCUGCCGGUGGCCAACCCCGCGACGUGCACCGCGCUUCCAAAGGACAUCGAUUACCCGGGCAACGACGUCGCACAGACGUACCGCACCCAGUGGAGCGACUGCUGCCAAGACUGCGCCGACAACAGCGAUUGCACCGUGUACGUCUGGAGCAACGACAACGGUGGCACGUGCUACCUCAAGAACGCCAUGAGCCCGACCGAGUCGGCGCCUGGGUCGUUCGCCGGGUCGUACACCCGCAUCAUCAAGCCACCGCCGGUGCUGCCGCCGACGGCCCCGUCCAACGUCGUUGCCGGCGCCUACGGCACGUACCCGUCGCCGACAACCGCGUUUGCCUACCUUCCGAGCUCGCAAUGGGUGCCACGGACGGAAGCCGGCGGGGUCGGGGUCGUGGAUAUUUUCAAGAAUUUCUCGCUGCCGAGCUCGAAAGACAUGGAGGACGCCCAUAGUGGCAAGUUGCAGCCGAAGCGUGAGGCGGCAACCAACACGUACUACUUCCCGCUCGUGCAGUCGAUCGGCGAGUGCGCCGUCAUGUCGAGCAGCUCAGGCUACCACUUUUUCACGUACGUAGCGUCGACGCAGAUCUGCAUCGUGCACGAUUUCUCGUCGGCCACGCCUUCGUACGCACUGCACCCGUCGCAGCCCGCCAAGGUGCUAACCCACGUCCCGUCGUCCGAAUUUGUCCUUGGCGUCAACCCGUCGACGGCGUCUCUCGCCGCGUGCCAAGCAGCGUGCGGCAACCUCGCCACGUGUGCGGCCGUGACCUUUGCGGGCACGACCUGUACCUUCUACGGCCCCGCAGCGUCGAAAGCGGGUGUUGUCGCGGGCUGGGUCCACGACCCGAUCAAGUGGAACGAAGUGCCCGGCUCGAUGCAGUAUGUCACGAUGCCGCAGCGCACCGUGCCGUUGACGGGUGCGACGACCGCUGCGUCGACCACGUCCAAGACGGUCGCGGCCUGCGCGUCGGCGGCACGUGCAAAGUCGGUGUCGCUCUUCACGUUCGAUACGGCCAAGAGCGCGUGCUUGCUCGUGACGCUGCCGAAAGCUUCGGCCACAUCCACGUUGUACCUGUACAACUACCCGGCGUCGCCGCUCGUCCUUCCCGGCCAAGCGCUGCCAGCCGGUGCGACGACACCGGUCUCGGCGACAUCCGGGACCGAGUGCCACAAGCUCUGCGUGCCGUCGAGCUCGGGCUGCGUCGGUGCGGCCUUUGACUCGGCCACGAAGAGCUGCGUUCUGCACCUCGCCACGUACGCGGCCUCGACGACCAUCGGGUGGGUCGUGCCAACGACGCUGCCAUCGUCGGUGGCGACACCGACCUCGGUGGAGUUUUACAUCAACGCGCACCAGGACGACCACGAGCUCUUCAUGGCGGCCAAGCUCUACGACAGCUUUAGCAAACCGACGGCCAAGAUCGUCAUGAUUUACACCUCGGCGGGCGACGCCGGUGCGACCGACGGCUGGUGGCAGGCGCGCGAGCUCGGCACGUUGGCGUCAUCGCAGACCUUUGUCAAGCUCUUUGGCUUGUUCUCGCCCGUGCGGAAAACGUCGACCGUCACGAUCAACGGCCACGUCAUCACCAAAGUCGUUUUGGGCAACGCGAUCCACUACUUUCUCCGGCUCCCAGAACUCGGCAUGAUCGCGCUGCCGACCACGAUGACGUCGCCCGUCGACAAGCCUGCCGAGUCGUACGCCAACAUCGCCGCACUCCGAGCGACUGUGAUCGCACUCGUCAAGCUCGAAGCCAGCGGUCGCAGCAACGUGGUUGUCAACUCGCAGCAGUUUGCCGACGUCGACCACGUCCUCCACGCCAUGACCGGGCAGCUCGUCAGUGACGGCCUCAAGGCCGACGCGACGCUCAACAAGUGCGUGACACGCAACUUCUUUUGGGGCUACCAGCACUGGCUCGACUCGAUCAACAUGGUGGACCCGAGCUUGACCGAGCAGCGCAACAUGUGGUGGGCGCUCCACGGCGCGAUCGUCAAGCAGUACCCAGGCAGCUCGCCGUGGUACGACCACUGCCUCACGCUCGGUCGGCAGUACCUCGCAUCGACCGUCGCCGGCACUGGCACGUGCUAGCCAUGCGUAUUAACAUAAUCUGAAUGACAAUUUUGUGUGCAUUAGUUUGGG